AUGGUGUUAUUAACAACAAAUUAUAUUGAAAAAGAGUAUGCUCGUACACAAUAUUUUAAAUCUUUAACAAAGGGAAUAUCAAAAAAUAAUUUACGUAAAAUGACACAUCUUUACAUGAAUGAUAAAUUUGUUGAUGCUAUUGGAAAUUUAUCUGGUUGGAAAAAUUUACGAGUAAUAUAUUUGCAAAAUAAUAACAUUUCAAAAAUAGAAAAUUUACAAUUUACCAUUAAUCUAACUCAUUUAUAUCUUCAACAUAAUAAUAUUUAUAAAAUUGAAAAUUUAAAUAAUUUAUAUCACUUAAAAUGUUUAUUUAUUGGAUACAAUAAUAUUUGUGUAGUUGAAGAAAUGGAAAAUUUGGAAAGUUUAGUUGAAUUAAAUAUUGAAAAUCAACGGCUUUUAACUGGAGAAUCACUUAUUUUUGAUCCAAAAAGUCUAAAUACUUUAUCGUGUAAAUUGAAAAUUUUAAACGUUACUGGAAAUAAUAUAUGUUACUUGAAGCCACUUAGCUGUUUGUAUAAUUUAGAAAUUUUAAUAGCUAAAAAUAAUAAUAUAAGUGAAAUAAUUGAUGUAAUUGAAACAGUUAAAGUAUUAAAAUCACUAGUGGAACUGCAAUUGGAAAAUAAUCCUGUUACUUAUAAACUUAGAUAUCGAGAAAAUAUUAUUGCCAACAGCUGUUCGUUAAGAAUAUUGGAUGGAAAAUCAAUAUCUCAAAUGAAUAAAUAUUUUUUAAAUAAAUUAAAAAAUAAUAAACAAUCGCAGUUGGCACUGAGAAAAACACAUAACAAAAUCAGUUUAAGCGAUGACAUUAAAACUUCUUUAAAUUUACCACCGGCAUUUGAACGAUCAAUAUCAAGAGCAAUACUUGAACCAGGCCCAAAACUAUCGAUCGGUGUUAAUUCAGCUAUAGCAAAUGAUAAACUUGAAAUAUAUCCAUCAUGGACAUCCACCUCUGCGAUUGCUGGAAAAAAAGACAAUCAUUUAACUCCAAGGCCUUUUUGGAAGUCAGUCAAUCCAAGACAGAAACAUCAACAUAAUCAUCAAAAAUUUUUACACAUUCAUUCUCAAGCUGUAAUAAUUCCAUGUCUAAAUAAAAAAUAA